AUGUUUGUUUCAGAUGUAAUGAAUACAAUUUUAAGAGUUGUGUUAAAAAUAAAAUAUGAUGUAGAGACCAUUGCACAAAAUCAACUUCAGAUGGACAGAACAUUGACUGAAACUGUGCAAGCAAAAGAUAAUGAAAAUACUUCUGAAGAAUUGUUUGAAUAUGAUUCAUUAAUACCGAUUGGAAAUGAAGAUCAAUUAGAUGAAUUUGACACAAAGUUGUUACACAAACAUUUUAGAAGGAACGUUGUAAGUAAUUUUGCAGAAUAUAUAUCAUUAUAA